AUGCGGGCGAUCUCGACGGCCUCGGCGGCGGCGGGAGGCAUGCUACGCGCGCGGCUCCGCUCCGCAUCCCGCGUGCGCGGUGGCGGCGAGGGUGCGGGGCGGUGGACGACGCCGGGACACGAGGAGCGACCCAAGGGGUACCUCUUCAACCGCCCGCCGCCGCCGCCGGGGGAGUCGCGGAAGUGGGAGGACUGGGAGCUGCCCUGCUACAUCACCUCCUUCCUCACCGUCGUCAUCCUCGGCGUCGGCCUCAACGCCAAGCCCGACCUCACAAUCGAGACCUGGGCGCACGAGAAGGCGCUCGAGCGCCUUCAGCAGCAGGAGCUCGCCGCCGCCGCCGCCGCUGUCUCCGGCGGCGGUGACGCCGAUGCCGAGUGA